GUUUACAAUUUCGAGAACGAGUCCUAUGAGGUUGUUAAAGCGAACGGGUGACAGAACAGGAAGAAACGGAAGAAGAGAAUACGUAUUUGUGCGUCUGGUCGUACGCACACGCGUCAAGCGAUUUACUGCGGAGACUUUUUACUGAUCUAAAAUGGCAAAAUCGGAAAUCAAUAACGAGUUUAUCCUUCUGCGACACGCAGUUCGCCAGGCGAGAGUUUGUGUACUGAACAAGCUUAUCAAGGAGGCCAAACUGCUGCGGGAUAGACAUGGGAACGAGGCGCAGCGAGCCAAGUGCGCGAGGAAAGCCGACAAGCUUGUCGCCGAGGUUUACGCGCUGAAGACGAUUAAGGACGACGAGAUUUCAAGAUUUGGGAUCUUGAACGAGAGAGAUCUGACUGAAAUAUUGAUGGAUCAGUCGUCGAGUAGUGGCACUCGCAUAAUGGCGAGGGUGGCGAAUUAUAAAACUCUGGAUAAAAGACUGGCCCAGUUCAAGGAGAGGUUCCCGGACUGUAAGGAACAUCUGGCAGAGAAAAAGAAGAAGAAGACUACGAAGGUGACGGGCAAGGAUGCUGCAAAAACUAGAAAAUCUAAAGAGAACAAUACUCGGAAUAAAGGCUCAAAGAAACAGAAGAUCGACUCGGGUGAAAACGUUGAACAACCUCAACGUAACAAAGCUGAGGCGUGCAACGAGUCGUCCGAAACGAGGGGUAGCUCGUGCAAGCGCAAAAGGACGUCGGACGAUGUUUGUACGGAAAAACGAAAAUUGCCAAGAGGCAGUGCGUCAGAAGCUGCAGUCGUGGAUAAGCAAUCUAGUGUAAUUAAACCGUCUGGCGUUACAAAAGAGGCGACGGUGAAAAGGUUUGCGGAGCUGUUGGAGGAACAAGAAUCUCAUCGAGAUGCACAGAUGUCUGUCGAGAAUCAAGAAUCCGCGAGCACUGCGGCUGAACAGGCAAAGUCAGUCGACGACUUCUUUAUUGCGGGAGAUGGUCAAAACUACCAAGGAAAUGACGCCUCGACGUCGUACAAGAGAUCUCAAAGAUACAACACGCGAGCCAAGGCUCUCCAAUCGAACGAUCAAAUUAAGGAACAAAAUGCAAACCGCAAAAACGAAAGAAACUUCAGUAAAAGAUACCCGGAUAAACAAUCCUUCGUGAAAUCCAAGAGAACGGCAUUCAACAAUAAGAGCGCAAACAAGAGUAACGCAAGUGAGACCGCGAUUAACAAUAAAAGAGACGAGGAUACCAGUUUACAUCCUUCUUGGAUGGCCAAGAAAAAGGAGCAGGAAAUCAUCAGAAGAGGAUUUCAGGGCAAGAAGAUUGUAUUUACGGAUGAUUAGGCGUGAUGGUUUACCGCGUGGAUCCAGUUGAUAAAUUAAUCACGAACUUCUGUAAAGUGCAUUGCAAAUUUCUGAUACAUUCAUUAUAUCGUUUUAACAAAAAUGUAUACAUAUGUACAUUUACUUCAUGUAAAUAAUAUAUUCUUAUGUGUUAUAUGUCUUCUUUUCUACAUAGUUUACGCAAUUGUCAAUAAAAUGCAAUUAAAUCCA